AUGCGUAGCAUUCAUCUUGACGAGCACGAGUUUGAGCUCGAUGAAGGACCCCAGGAGUGUGCAGAAUUCGAUGACCCGCUCGUCCCGGCUUCGAGUGACGUGGGGUUUGUCUCGGGUCUGCGCUACAAUAUAAUGUGGAAGCUGCAUCUGCGAAAAGUAAGGCUCACGAUGAUCACAAAAGACACUAUUGAGAAUGGCGACGUGGCAAACGGUGCCUACUGGAACCAAGUCCUGGAAUCCGAACUGCUGACUAUCGUGACGAGUAGAGCGCCUGCGCCCGACUACUCGCGCCACGCUCCAUGUGCAAUGAACACCCUGCAUGUGCACCUCAAGGCACGAUUACAAAUCCGACGAGACGAGGAUCGUGGUGUCCACUUCCAAACGCGGCGAGCCGGACGUCUCGAAGCGCUCCAGUGCUCUAAACAUUGA